AGUUUACCAGUUUCGGUUACAUUAGUUUCAAAUUAGUCGAACCGAAAGUAAUACCGCGUAAAAUUUGAAUUUUGAGACGUCGAGUUUAUUUUACUUAUUUGAGAAUUUUUUGAUUUACGAAUUUUGUAUUUGUGCGUUCAAUUUUCAUCAUGGUGCAAGAAAAUACGAGUAUGAAAAAAGUCGCAGUCAUUGGUGCUGGAGCAGCAGGUCUUACUGCUACCAAACGAAUCACCGAACUGGGCAGUGGUUUUGAAUGCUGUACGUUCGAAUUAUCCGAUAAUGUUGGAGGAACUUGGGUAUACACUGAUAAAACUGGAAAAGAUGAAUAUGGAGUACCAGUCCAUUCCAGCAUGUACCAAGGUUUAAGAACAAAUUUGCCUAAAGAAAUCAUGGAACUGCCUGAACUUUCCCACAAAGGUCCCGAAAAUAGGUCGUACCUGACUUCGGCUGAAAUUCUGCAAUACUUCGAGGAUUACGCAGAUCAUUUCAAUUUAAGACAAUACAUCAAGUUUCGUCAUUACGUGAAAACAAUCGUACCGAUGCCCAAUGGCAGAUGGAAAAUCAAAGUAAACGAUCUAAAACGCCAAAAAGAUUGUAUUUAUUACUUCGAUGCUGUUGUAAUGUGCAUUGGUAAUUACAGUAAUCCAGUAAUUCCGAAAAUCGAUAACAUCGAAAAUUUCAACGGUGUUCAAAUGCAUAGCCACGACUACAAAGAACCAUCGAAAUUUAAAGGUCAAAAAGUAAUCGUAAUUGGUUCAGGAUCAUCUGGUUUGGACAUUUCAUGCCAAAUAUGUGGAGCUGCUGAAACGGUAUACCUGAGUCAUCAUAAUGACAAAAUUCGUACCAUUCAGUUCCCAGAUAACUUGGAACAGAAACCGGAUAUUGAAAAAAUUCGCGAUGGAAAAGUGGUAUUCGCAGACGGAACGGAGGUGUCUGCAGAUGCCAUUCUUUAUUGCACAGGGUACACGUAUAAAUACCCGUUCCUCGAUCCAGAAUGCAAAAUCACAGUGGAGAAUAUGGUUGUAAAACCGCUGUACAAGCAUUUCAUCAAUAUUGAACAUCCCACGAUGUGUAUCAUCGGAAUUCCAAGAGAUUGUCCUGGUUUCACGUUAUUUGACUUACAAGUUCGCUGCUUCUUGAAUACCCUCAAAGGAACUGUGCAACUUCCCAGUAAAGAAAGCAUGUACGCGGAAACGGAACAAGAGAUGAGUGAACGUGUGAAAGUGAUUGGAAAGGAAAAAUACUACCAUAUUUUGAACAAAUACGCCAAAACGUAUUUCGAUUCGGUGUCGGAAUUUGGAAAAUUACCUUUCACAAAGCCCGUAGUGUUCGAUAUUUACUUCUCUGGCUUGGAGAGAGCGAUGAAAGAUUUCCAAAAUUUCAGGAAUAGAAUAUAUAAAUUAAUCAACGAUCAGGAGUACAUGGUUAGAGAAUAGUUGGUUUGAAAUCAACGUACUGAUGGCGUUGUUCCUGAAAAUAGCAUCCUAUAUCGCUAUAUUUAUUGCUAUUGCGUUUUCGCAAAUAUGUACCUUAUUUUAUCAUGUUCCAUUUUGUCAUACCUACGUAAUUUCAUUUGGGUCAUUCUUUUUUAAGAUUUUUAUAUACUUAAGUAUUUCCCUAUUAGAUCUAUAAGUGCGUUACAAAUUUGAGUCUGGUGAUUACAGUUUUAUAAUACGUAUUCGAUAAGUAUUUAUUAUUUUUUAUUUACUUGAAUAAGUGUACCAUUAGUGUACUUCACUAAAUAAAAUUUUAAAACACGAAA